AUGGAGUCGCCUCGACUCGACCCCUCCAAUCUGGACGAGGAUAAAUACCGUGAAGAGGUUUUGCAGUUGGAAUCGGCGGAAGCCGAGGAAGAGCGCGCGCAAAAACUUGCCGAUGAGGCGCGGGAGCUAGGAUUGAAGGUGCCACAGAUUGAGGCUUCUGCGGCAUUAGCUGCAUCUAUCGCCUCUGGACUGGUCGAUAUCUCAUCGCCGGUACUAUCAUCUGGAUCGUCUACCGAUCAAAAUUCUAUCACCGACGGUUCCGUUACUACGUCACUCGAUCCCGCGUCUUCGCCAUUCGAUCAGAUCGCCAUCUCAGUAUCAGAUACUACGAUCGCCUCGGAACGUGCCAAGUCUGGGAGUCCACGUUCAAGUCCGCGCUCUCUGGCUAGCCUGUUCAGUCGACCAACCUCCUACUGUGCAAGCGAGAGCAGGAAUCUGAUGAGUGGAUACGCAAAUAAUGACGAAUGGACGAAGAGCAAUCGGCUAUCAACAGUCAGCGUUGAUACAGCGGAAAAGAAGAUGAAGCGACAUCACAGCUUGAAGAAUGCCAUUGUUGGACGCAUUCAUUUCCGAAAAAAGCGGGCCCCCUCGGCCGCCAUGCUUCCACCAAAUGCACGGAUCACUGUUUCCAGAGGUGAGGGAGGAGUGAACCACAUUUUUCUAGAAGGAAAGCGCGAAUGCUCAACGAGCCACGAAAUGUACACCCCCCGCACCAGCAAUGCCGAGUCGUUGUCCAAGCUCGAGGUCCCUAUAUACGAUAAAGAGUCCCUCCAAAGAAGUUUAGAUGAUCCAGAGCUGAGUGAGAUGCAAGAACGGCAUCGACUCGAGCGCGACAGACAUAUGGCUUUCCAAAACGCCGCCCUCGACAUUCUCCGAAACCGCCAUCAGACUGUUGUUUCAGAACGGCAAAAAGAAAACCACCGCCUGGAGGACGAAAAGCGCGAGCAUAAUUCUGCCUGUGCUAUCCGUAUCGAAGAACGUCAAUUAGCCGUGGAAAUGGAGCAGCAGACCGAAUUUGAACGGUCCAAAGUGAACUCCCGUACUCGUAUCAAGCACAUGGAAGGCUACUUCCGAAGCGCGAGUCCCACGCCAAAACCUUCAGAGACAACAUCAGAGCCAGCCGGGUCCAUCUCACCUUCCAAAUCUGACAAUACCCCAGCACGUCGCUUCACGAGGCAACAACGCGAGCAGCUAGAACAGCAAUACCACGAUUACGACACCAUGGACGCCCUCCACGACGCACGAGUGAAAGUACUACGAGACCGCCAAGAGAUGAAAUUGAAAGAAGCUGUUGCUCGAAUGCAACGUGAGCUUGAAGAGAUGUGCACGAAGCACGUUCAGAGUAUUAAUGCUUUGCAGGGUGAACACCGCCACGAAGAAAGCACUCUUAUUCAAGCCUUGUUCACAAAGAAAUGCCUGCUCCGACAUCGGUGGAAUCUGGAAGAAGCUAUCUUGCGUCGUCAACUCGAAGUCCGACACGAUCAAAUCUAUGGGCCCUUGCCACCGCUGUCGUUUUCCGUCAUCGAUACCGAGAUAUGA